AUGCUGGCAAGGGUACUCUCUCUCGCACUGGCCUGCCUCUCAGCCCUAGCCAGUGCCAUCCCAGCCCCAGAUGUAUCCGCAACCAACGACCGGCUCGUCUUCUGCCACUUCAUGAUCGGCAUAACCAGCAACCGCCACAGCGCCUCCGACUACGACGACGACAUGAAGCGCGCCAAAGCCCUCGGCAUCGACGCCUUCGCGCUCAACAUCGGCGUCGACCCCUACACAGACGCGCAGCUCAACCUCGCCUACGAAUCCGCCGCCAACAACGACAUGAAAGUCUUCAUCUCCUUCGACUUCAACUGGUACCACACGGGCCAGGCCUCCGCCGUCGGCGACAAAAUCAAGCAGUACGCCAGCCGCCCCGCCCAGCUCAAAGUCGACGGCAAGGUGUUCGUGUCUUCGUUCGCCGGCGACGGCAUCGAUGUCCCCCAGAUUAAGGCCAGCGCGGGGCAAGACAUCUUCUUUGCGCCGAAUUUCCACCCCGGUCAGGGCGAUUUCGGCGCUAUUGACGGUGCGCUGAAUUGGAUGGCUUGGGAUAAUGAUGGGAAUAAUAAGGCUCCGACGCAGGGUCAUAAUGUUACUGUUGCGGAGGGGGAUAAGGCUUAUAAUGAUGCGUUGAAGGGGAAGCCUUAUAUUGCUCCGGUCUCCGGCUGGUUCUUCACUCAUUUCGGCGGCGAAGUAUCCUACAGCAAGAACUGGGUCUUCCCUGGUGAUCUGCUCUGGUAUAACCGCUGGCAGGAGAUCCUGACCCUUGGGCCCCGGUUUGUGGAGAUCGUCACCUGGAAUGACUACGGCGAGUCGCACUAUAUCGGACCAUUGUCGUCGCCUCAUACAGACGAUGGGGCGUCGAAAUGGGUGAUGGAUAUGCCCCACGGCGGCUGGCUCGAAAUGUCCAAACCCUUCAUCGCAGCCUACAAAGCCGGCGACAAAUCCCCAGACAAGUACAUCACCGACGAAAAGCUCAUCUACUGGUACCGGCCGACGCCACGCGACAUCAGCUGCGACGAAACCGACACAACAAUGCAAGGAAGCCCGAACAACGCCAGCGGGAACUUCUUCCGCGGCCGGCCGAACGGAUGGGAGACGAUGAAAGACGCGGUGUUCGUCGUGUCGCUGCUGAAAUCAGGCGGCACGGUGGAGGUGCGCUCGGGCGACAAGACGGAGUCGUUUGAGGCGCCUGCGGGAGCGGCGGCGUUCACGGCGCCCAUGGGGCUCGGCAAGCAGCAUUUCUCGCUGAGUCGCGAUGGGAAGGCUGUUAUGGGUGAGGCGAGUUUGAAGGAGAUUGUGGAUGAGUGUAUUUGUGGGCUUUAUAACUUCAAUCCUUAUGUGGGCACUGUGCCGGCUGAGGAACCGGUUGAUAAGUUGCUUGCGGAUGGGUUGGCGAUGCUGUCGCAGGGUUUGAAGGCGCCUUGUCCGACGAAUACACUGGGGGUUGCUGCUGCUGCUGCUGCUACGGCUUAG